AUGUCCAAGAUACUGAAAGCAGUGUUGAUAAGUGCAUACAGUAUGGUUGUUCUUCAAUUAUUAAAAACUUUUUUUGUAAAAAAUAAUGAACUGAUCCUAGAUAUAGAAUAUAUGAUUCGAACACCUGGAACAUUGAAAAAGAUGGAAUUACAAUUAAGAAAAUACAAAUAUAACGUCACAGCAAUGAGCAGAAGUUUUCAAAUGGCAGAAAGAUUACAAACUGAUUUGAAAUAUAUACUAAAGUGGACACAAGCAUUUUCACAUUACGACUCGCCAAUCUUUAAAAAUGGACAGGAAUCACUCCUUAAAUAUAACUGCACGUACAAAAAUUGCUAUUUCAGUGGUGAUAAAAGUCUACUUCUAGACGUUAGAUAUUUCGAUGCCAUUUUGUUCGACGUCGAAAAUUAUUGGGAUUACGAUCCUAUUUUACGAAGUCCUCAUCAAAAGUAUAUAUUUGUCGGUCUAGAAUCGGCAGACAAUUUUCCUGUAGUACAUCCGAAAUAUGAUUCUUAUUAUAAUUUAACAUGGACAUAUAAAUUAGACUCGGAUGUGUUUGGAGCCUACAUUAUAAUUCUGGACGAGAACGAUGAAGUUGUAGGUCCUAAAGUGGAUAUGGAAUGGAUAAAUCCAAUGCUUCCAACUCCUGAGAAUAUUAGAAAAAAGUUACUAGUCAAAAGAAAAGCGGCAGCUUGGUUUGUUUCGAAUUGUAAAACUAAAAGUCGUAGGGAAGUUGUUGCAAAGCAAUUAACUAAGGAAUUACUGAAAUAUGGUCUAUCUAUAGAUAUAUAUGGUUUGUGUGGUAGACUUGAUUGUUCCAAAGAUCGUAUGUACGACUGUUUAGAAGAUUUAGAGCAUGAUUAUUAUUUUUAUCUCGCAUUUGAGAAUUCUAUAGCAGAGGAUUAUGUUACAGAAAAGAUUCUGUAUCCAUUGUUACAUUAUACGGUACCAAUCGUUUACGGCGGGGCAAAUUAUACAAGGUUUUUACCUCCACAUUCGUAUAUAGAUGCAGGCAAACUGACUUCCAGUGAAGUUGCAUUUUUAAUGUCACAAGCAGUGAAGGAUCCUAAAAUAUAUGCUGAAUAUUUCAGGUGGCAUAACCAUUAUAAGUACAUGGAAGCGAAUGAAGUAAUGAAGGCAUGUGACCUCUGUACGAAAUUGAAUACACUCAAAGAAAAUAACAUUAAAACGAAGCUAAGAAAAUGGUGGAACGUCAACAAAACUUUGUAAUCCAUAUUACAAAUGCGAUACACGUUAGUGUAUCUUCAAACUGUCGAGAAAAACAUUGAAAUAUAUACACAAAAUUUCAUCUGAAUCAAUCCAGUCGGCUAAGAGGAGUUAGGUGACAAACACAUGCAGAAGAAUUACAUAAAUUAAGAAGAUCUUACAAAUUCAUUGGAUCAAUAGAGAAAUAUAGUAAUUACAUAUUGACUAUUGGCGUAAUUAUAAAAUUUUAUAAGUGACUAAAAGUCGAACUUUUUCUGGCUUAGAUAAAUCUAUAUCCAUUUGAACGUACUAGUAGAACAAAAUAAUAUAAA